AUGCCGAACAUUAAGAUAUUUGGAGGGAAUUCUCAUCAACUACUGGCGAAAUUGAUUUCGGAACGGCUAGGGAAUGAACUGGGGAAGUGUGUGUUGAAAAAAUUCUCGAACAAGGAAACCAGGUGAGAGUGCGUUGUUACUGCCUUCCUUCGGUUUAUGAUGUCGUAAGAGCUCAACUAGUUUACAAAUGCAGCGUCGUGUUUUGUACCUUUUUAACUUAAAAAUCAAGAGUGAUAAUGGGGAUAAAACGGAAACGAAGGUCAACUUUGGGAAACUGAAAAUUUCUCAGUAAUGAUCGUAAAAUACAUGAGGAUAUGGGAAAAUCUUCCUGGUGCUGCUAUCAUACGAGUCUCGUGGUGAAUUUCUUCGGUAAAGUUUGCUCAAAAUACACAGUCUGCUGAUUUAUUUACCAACAUUGCUUUUGGAUUUCAUGUUUCACUGGCGACAGUUAGACCUGUGGUGACUUGUCAGGGUUUGUUUCACGAACAGACUUAUUUCCUACGACCUAAAUUAUUAGCACGUGGUUACUCGUCUAUCUGUCACAGUUCAUCAUAAAUGUUACCUGAAUAGUCGUCAGCGUUGCUUGUACCUCAGAAAAGUUGGUUCUGAUGUCGUCAUUUCUCUUUUUUAGGGAAGUGAUACAUAAGGGGAAAGUGUUAUUUCAGUUUUCCUCUCCAGAGGGUAGAGUUUGUUUUUUGCUCGAAAAUGAAGCGGCGGUAAUGUUCAUGCAUUAAACACCAUAAAGGAGUACCAGUGUUGUACCUGAACUAAUCUCGGUUUUCAUUAAUCAUAGAAGGUUAUCAACAUUGUUUGUUCAAUAAUGUAGUCAAUUCUGAUGUCAUUUGCAGCAUUUUGACUUCACGGCUGCUGACUGAGUUACUGUGUUUUAUUGCACUUUCUCAUUGUUCUGUAGUGUUGAAAUUGGUGAAUCAGUGCGAGGAGAGGAUGUCUUUAUAGUGCAAAGUGGUUGCGGUGAUGUGAAUGAUAAUUUAAUGGAACUGUUGAUCAUGAUCAAUGCUUGUAAGAUUGCUUCAGCCCAGCGAGUCACAGCUGUUAUUCCAUGCUUUCCAUAUGCAAGACAAGACAAGAAGGACAAGGUCAGUAAAAAUCAUGCUGUUGAUACCUAAAGGAAGUUUCAUGCAAAACUUUGUAACCCUAAGCAAUUACUUGGUCACAGGUUUAGUUCAAAUGAAGACACACACAGUAAACUUCCAUUAACUGUAUUUAGUGCAACAAGCCCCUUAGUGCAGCAUUAACAAUUGUCUCAAAGGCCUGGGCUCAAAACAUGUGGGCUGAGACAAAACUUCAUUACAAUCUGGAAGGCGUUUUAACUCAUAAACUUAAAUGGUCUUCACUCUCUCAUUGCUGAUGCUUAGAAAUCUUUUGUUUAUCAUUCAGUAUUGUCUGGAAAUGUUGCUUGAUGGUUUUUUUAGGGUGCUAAAACCAGCAACUUUCUGUUGUAGAGUCGUGCACCAAUUUCAGCUAAACUGGUGGCAAACAUGCUCUCAGUAGCUGGUGCAGAUCAUAUUAUUACCAUGGAUCUUCAUGCUUCACAGAUACAGGUAUAAACAAGAAUUAAUGAAUGUUGAAAAACUUACCACAAUUAUUUGAAGCUUAAUUACUCAAGGCAUAAUGAGUUCAGUUGAGAUGAUUAUUGGACAAUUUGUAUUGAGCUCAAGGAGACUAGUUGGUAUAGUAUGUUGCCCAGGUGAUUAUCAGAGAAACUGCAUUGUCUUUCAUCUUACUUGUGUGCUUAUAAAACAUCAAGAACUUGUGUGACUGCCGUUUUGGAAAUGUUUCCUUUUGUAGUAUUAUCGCUUGGUGCAAGUGAGUAAAGGGAGACAUAAUUUGGGUGUGCACAUUCCUGUUAUUAUUUAAGCAAUUGUAUAAAUACUUAUUGCAGACUGAGAUACCCUUAUGUGUAUUUCAGGUUCAUUGAAUUUCUGAUUGGAGGUAGAAACUGAGUUUAUAAUAUGAAGCGAGAAAAUAAUGGUUGUUAAGUGAAAAGUGUUAGUAUUUUUAGUUUAAAAAAGGGAAGUAUUUCAAUUCUUACUUGCCACGAAUUAAUUACCAACAACGAUAUUAAUGAUUUAAUUUAGUUAACCCUUUAACUCCCAUGAGUGACUAAGAGAGAAUUUCUACCUACUAUAUCUAGACAAUACUAUGCAGACAAGUGAUGAGAAUAAAGAAAGAUAUCAAUUAUGGGAUUACUAAUUGAUCUGACACCAAAUUCUCCAAGUCAACAUAAUGAGGAUUGUUUGGCAGACGGUUAGGGAGUUAAAGGGUUAAACUGAUCUAGCAGUGAAAGUGGAGCCAGUUUAUUUUCCAUGGAUUAGUUUGGUAAAUUAUUUAUGAUACAGGUCUUCUCUUCAUUCCAGGGUUUCUUUGAUAUACCAGUAGACAAUUUGUAUGCUGAGCCUGCAGUGUUAAGGUGGAUCAGAGAACACAUUACUGAGUGGGAACGAGCAGUUAUUGUUUCGCCUGAUGCUGGAGGAGCUAAAAGGUCUGAACUGCACAGACACGAGGCUACAAACUCAACUUGUAUCAUUGCAGGAGUUCCCUGGCUAUAGACUCUUAUAUUCUUUCUUUUUGUCAAUGCUUAAUUUCAAACAAUGCACAACACCUUGGUCAACCUUUGGACUGAUGCAGUUAACAUAGGUAUCUUCUGUGUACAUGGAGACCAUUUGUAAGUUGGUAUGGGUAUGAUGGUAGUAAAUGCUCUUUAUCAAUGUAGAAUUUAAAACGGUUGGUGUUUUUGCUCACUCAAAUGCAUUUCUUGUGGGAAAGCCAGUGAAGGUGCCCUUGAUCAAGCAAUCUAGCUUUCAAUUAGAAUGCAAUGAAACCCAAUUUAAUUAUUCAGCAAUGGUAUUUCUUGACUUCUUUUGUUGUUUCAGAGUUACAUCCAUAGCUGAUCAUUUGAAUGUUGGCUUUGCCUUGAUUCAUAAAGAGGUAAGGUUUGUAGAAAACAGCAUGAUGCGAUUUAGUUGGUUUUUAAUGCAGUUGGAAGUGUAAUAUCAUUUCAUUACAUUCCUCAGUAUCAAAAGCUGCCCCCCCCCCCUUAUGACUAUAGUUCUCUUUGCAGUUUAAGAGUUUACCAUGUGUUGUGCCACACCUAUUUGCACAUUAAUUGUCCAAUACAACAAGUAAUUAUUCUAAUGUUAUCAGCUCAGAUGAUAGAUGAAUGUGCUGUUAUUUUGUUGGUUUUUCAUUUUCCAAAAAGUAGUCACUCAGUUGCACUGGGAAGUAAAAUUAAACAAUCACAGCACAACUCAUUUCAGACUGAAACAUGAAAUCCAUCUCAGACUGGCCUCCUUGGGAAGAUGUGAUUUUCCUCCCACAGAAAAAUAAACUCUUGUCUGUUUGAAUGAAAAUUGUUAAUUUUGCAUCUGUUUGUAGUGUAGAAGAUCAUCUCUAAUUACUUUUUAUUUGUUGCUAAUCAGCGAAAAGUUGCCAAUGAAGUGGCCAGUAUGGUUCUUGUUGGAGAUGUUAAAGAUCGUACAGCAAUACUAGUUGAUGACAUGGCAGAUACCUGCGGAACACUAACACUUGCAGCUCAGAAGUAAGUUCUCCACCACAAAUUGCAAAUGGACCAAUGUCCUAAGAACUUCAUGAUCACUUGUUGAUGUAUUCUUUUCAUCAAACGUUUUUAAUGUCACCUUUACCAAGUUAAUAAUGUUCAGUGGAGAGGAGUAAGAGAGAAGGGAGUUUGAAAGUAGUGGAGCUGCUAUCCUUUGUAUUCCCUCUCCUCUUUCUCACUCGUCCCAACAAAAUGAGAACUUGGAACAUAUUUUUUUUUAUUAUUAUGUUGGUGGAUUUCUCAAGCGCUUACCCAUUCCUUUUGUUAUUCCACCAGACUGAGAGAUGCUGGUGCUGCCAAAGUUUAUGCUAUACUGACACAUGGAAUCUUCUCUGGUCCUGCUCUGCGGAGAAUUGAGGAAAGUGAUCUGGAAGCUGUUGUAGUCACAAAUACCAUCCCACAAGAAAGCAAAAUGGAAAAUUGUGCAAAGAUCAAGGUAAGAAAUCCCUCAGCCCCUUGAUCCCUAAGAGUUACUAGCAUCCAAUUUCUCCACAUAUUAUCACCCCUGAAUUACACGUUUAGGUUGGAGAAUAAAGAAAAUGAUUACCAACUGAAGAAGCUCUUGAUUGUUGAACAAAUUAUCCUUGUCAGAACCUGGAAAAUGUGCAAACUGAUGUUGGGGUGCAAAGGGUUCACUUACAGAUUAGUGGAGAGGUGACUGAGUUCACAUAUGACUGGUGUUCAUGAAAGUUCUGUCAAUUGAUCAGUUUUUCCAGUUGAUAAGUGGAUCAGGCUUAACACUGUACAACUUUUACUACUGAUAGGAUGAUCAACACUACAAGAAAAAUCAGUCAGAAGGGUAAUCUGUAUCAACAAUGCAUUUCAUUUUGAUUUUCCUUGUUUUUAUUUUUUUAAUUCCCUAUCUUUCUGUUUUGUCCUAGUGCAUUGAUAUUUCCAUGAUCCUUGCCGAGGCUAUUCGCAGAACACACAAUGGUGAAUCAGUCUCUUACCUGUUCACUAAUGUUCCCCUUUGAAAGACAUAAAUGUGUGUACAGGGAGUUUGGGUUCUUUGAGUAUUUAAUAAGAGUUAACAGAUUAUAUUUGUUAUGGUCAGAAUAGCAAUUCAUACGCGUUGACCAGGUAACAGUCCUCUGAGCUUUGACUGAUGUGGCCACCUAGGCAAGUAGGAAAAAUGUAGUCAACUGCAAG